GCAUUCAGUACUACAACCGCUCAUUGAGCGCUAAGUGAGCACUUGCAUCUGAUUAGUAUAUAUUUCCAAAUCUAAAGGAAUAUACUCAACUGUAAAAGCUCAUUGAGCGCUCAGUAAGCGGUUGUAGCAUUGAAUGCACCCAUUAUGUGCAAAUUUACAGCAAAAAUCGCGCAGAGCCUGCAAUACAACAGGGUCUGCCACCAAUUUGCCGCUGCAAGCUCUGUACAGUUUUGCUGCAAAUCUGCAGCAAUUGUCCGAUAGCAGGUUCUGUCGCAUAUUUGGCGAUAGUUUGGCAGCAGGAUUUAAUAUAACAGCUCCUGCAUCAAAUAUGUUGCUUAUUUGCCAUCAAAAAUUGGUAGCAUCAGGUUCUGCUUCAAAUCUGGUUACUCAAGUUUGGCUAUAUAUACAUCUACUUAAAUAUUAAAUUUUCGCGAGAUCACAGAUAAUAAUUAUGGCGAUGAACAUCGCUAGAGGAAUAGGACUUGUUUUUGGUAGAGUGAAUAUACUAAAAGAACAUUUAUUUUCAUCUAAAAAUUUAUUAUAUACAAAUGUAGGAAUAUCAAUUUUUCUAUCUGGUACAGGAGAUGUUAUAGAACAGCAUUAUGAAAUAUUAAAGGGCCAAUGGGACAAAUGGAGUUUUACUAGAACAAAAAACAUGGCUAUAUCUGGUAUAUCCAUUGGGAUAUUUUGUCAUUAUUGGUACAAUUUCUUGGAUAUUAAAAUAACUGGACAUACGCUCAAUAUAGUUCUAAGAAAGGUGGUUAUAGAUCAAUUGAUUUGUUCACCUGUUUGUAUAAGUAUAUUUUUCCUAACAUUAGCUAUGUUAGAGAAUAGCAAUCUAGCAAAAUUGAAGGAAGAAAUCCAAGCAAAAGCACACAGACUCUAUAUAGCUGAGUGGAUUAUAUGGCCUCCAGCACAAGUUAUUAAUUUUUAUUUCCUUCCUACACGAUAUAGAGUACUCUAUGACAAUAUGAUAUCUCUUGGUUAUGAUAUAUACACAAGCCAUGUAAAAUAUAACACGUGAAUAAUUAACAAUUAAGUUGACUAGUUGAAUUUACAAAAUUAUCAACAUGAAAAUAAUUUAAGUAAUAAAUUAAAUAAAAUGACCAUUACUUACAGGUUUUCCCUUGUACUAAAAUUCUUAUUUUUAUAUUAGAAUUAUUUCUUGUAAGGACUAAUAUUAAUGAUACAUUUGCCAUGGUAUAUUUAAUUUAAGAUGCCUUAUAUGUAUUGUAAUUUAAAACUGAGUUUUAUAAAAUUGCAAAUUGUGUGAAUUACAAAUAAGAUAUAAUAUAAAUAAAUUAAUAUUAUUUUUGUUUAUGCUCUAUUUCUAAAAUAGUCCAAAUGAAGUUUCAUGUUAAUACACAUUGUGAU